AUGCUCACGCGCGACGACAAGAUGACAGUGUGGGCGUGGGUCGUACAGUGGAUCGCUGUGAUCAACGCGCUCAUUCCCGAAGUCUCUUCCCUAUCCACCCGCUCGGAUUUCGCCAUUCCAGUCCCGGCUUUCGUUAUCGACUCCGAGCUCUUCCCUCCCGACCCCAAUGGAAACCAUCUCUUCUCUUCUCUCUCUUCUCCUCCCUCACACCUCGCCGACCGCCCAGCUGUGGAUUCGUUGCCUGCACCAAGUUCUCCCGUUACCGCUCCCGUCGGAACGCAGAUCGCACCCGGCGUGGCAUGCACGCUCGUCAAGCCGUACGUGUAUGCCAGCUGCGGCAGUGGCUCGGUCUACUCCGUCGACAAGCCGCCCUCCGUCAUCCGCAAGCUCAUCCACUUCCCCUCCACCUCCAACCCAAUAACCACCAGGCUCCGCUCCAACACCCGAACGUCCGCGGCUGCCCCAAAAGCCCUCGACCUCCCGAACAUGGACGAUGGGCACAUCGAGAAGGACAUCACCGCCGACCGGCGUGGACCGCUCUCAGUAUUGUCCCCUCUGCUCGAGCUCCUGCUCCCACCUAUCGCCCCACCAAUCUCGCCCAACCCAAGCGCGCCAUGGAACAGCCCCAUUUCCAUCUUCCUACUCGUCUUCGUCCGCCCGCGCGCUAAGGCGGGAGGACCUCUUGGCAGCUCCCGCACGCUUGCGUCGGCGGAGCGGGCGCCGCUCCCGCGCGUGCACGAGCAUGCGCACCUCGAGCUCGGGGGUUGCAAGGCGCGGCCGACGUUUCGCGCCGUCCUUUUCCUCCCGGGCGCGGAGUGA